GUCUUCUUCUCCCCAGGUGACCAGGCAUUGAUGCGCCCCCAGGAAGUCCACGUGCUCAAGGAGGUCACCCCCCGCCGGCUGCUGCUCACAUGGUUUCUGGGCCCCUGGCGCUCCGGUGGUGCCCGUGGGCAGGGCACAGGGACAUGGGGCCCGACAUGGAGCUGCCCAGCCACUCAAAGCAGCUCCUGCUACAGCUGAACCAGCAGAGAACCAAGGGUUUCUUGUGUGACGUCAUCAUCAUGGUGGAGAACUCUGUCUUCCGGGCCCACAAAAAUGUCCUGGCUGCUAGCAGCAUCUACUUCAAGUCCUUGGUCCUGCAUGACAACCUCAUCAGCCUAGACACGGACAUGGUUAGCUCCACGGUGUUCCAGCAGAUCCUGGACUUCAUUUACACAGGCAAGCUGCUGCCUAGUGACCAGCCAGCCGAGCCCAACUUCAGCACUCUUCUUACUGCCGCCAGCUACCUCCAGCUACCUGAAUUGGCAGCCCUCUGCCGUCGCAAACUCAAGCGAGCAGGAAAGCCCUUUGGCCCUGGACGGGUAGGGGCUGCCGGCGUGGGGCGGACGCCCCGCAGCCAGCGACUGUCCACAGCCUCUGUUAUCCAGGCUCGAUACCCAGGGCUUGUGGAUGGACCUAAGGGGCACCAUUCCUCCCAAGAACUCCCCCAGCCCAAAGGUUCAGAUGAUGAGCUUUUUCUGGGUAGCUCUGCCCAGGAGAGCACCCACAGCCUGGGCCGUGGGCUCUGCUCAGCCAGCGGGGAGGUGGGCUUAGGGGGCUGUGGCAGCAGUACUAAUGGGAGUAGCGGAGGCUGUGAGCAGGAGCUGGGCCUAGAUCUGUCCAAGAAGAGCCCACCCUUGCCCCCCACAACUCCCGGACCCCAUCUUACCCCUGAUGAUCCAGCCCAGUUGAGUGACAGCCAGCACGACUCACCCCCAUCAGCCUCUGUCCCACCUGUUGCCAACAGUGCCUCUUAUGCUGAGCUGGGGGGCACCCCUGAUGAGCCCAUGGAUCUGGAAAAUACUGAGGACAACCACCUGAGCCUACUUGAGGGGCCAGGUGGACAGCCUCGGAAGAGCCUCCGCCAUUCAUCCCGAAAGAAGGAAUGGAGCAAGAAGGAGCCUGUUUCUGGGUCUCCCUUUGAGCGGAGAGAAAUAGGACCAAAGGGCCCCUGCCCUGGUGAAGAUAGUGAGGGGCUUGGGGACACAGUUCCCAAUGGUGUUGUGGCCAGUGGUGUUGGUGGCCCCAGUGGGCCUUAUGGGGAGCCCCCGUACCCCUGCAAGGAGGAGGAGGAAAAUGGCAAGGAGGGGAGUGAGGACAGUGGGCAGAGUGGGAGUGAGGGGGGCAGUGGCCAUGCUGGCGCUCACUACGUGUACCGGCAGGAGGGCUAUGAGACAGUGCCAUAUGGAGACAACCUGUAUGUGUGCAUUCCCUGCGCCAAGGGCUUUCCUAGCUCUGAGCAGCUCAAUGCUCACGUGGAGACGCACACAGAGGAGGAGCUGUUCAUCAAGGAGGAGGGAGCCUAUGAGACGGGCAGUGGGGGUGCUGAGGAGGAGGCUGAGGAUCUGUCAGCGCCCAGCACAGCCUAUGCAGCAGAGCCCCGGCCUUUCAAGUGCUCAGUCUGUGAGAAGACCUAUAAGGACCCAGCCACCCUGAGGCAGCAUGAGAAGACACACUGGCUGACAAGACCCUUCCCUUGCAACAUCUGUGGCAAGAUGUUCACCCAGCGUGGCACUAUGACACGCCACAUGCGGAGCCACCUGGGCCUGAAGCCUUUUGCCUGUGAUGAGUGUGGCAUGCGUUUCACCCGCCAGUACCGCCUCACAGAGCACAUGCGUGUGCACUCAGGCGAGAAGCCCUAUGAGUGCCAGCUCUGUGGGGGCAAGUUCACCCAGCAACGCAACCUCAUCAGCCACCUGCGCAUGCACACCUCCCCCUCCUAAAAGCCAAAGACCCAGGGGUGCCCUCUGCAGACCUGCCACCUGGGAACCCAGCAAAGGAGAAGCCAGGAGGUGCAGUAGGAGGGGCUGAGCCUGAGGUCCAGUGGGCAGCUCUCCUGGCAGCCCCUUCACCCCAGCCGCCCCACAUCCAGAGCUUUAAUCAACAGUCUGUACCAAGGGAAGCCAAGAGGAGAGAAGCCUGCAGGCCCAGCCCCAUGUGUGGUGCUGGUGGUGACCAUUCUACCUCCCCAUCCCACCCCUCACUCCAGCCCUGUGGGGGCUGCCAUAGAGCAGGUGGGAAUGGGUCACAUGGGUCU